AUGUCAUCAAUUACGAGUAAUUUAUCAGAUAAUACAAUUAAACUUAGUUAUCUUAAUUCACCAAUAUCACAUAUUAUUCAACCUUACAAUACACAUCCACAUAGUGAUAUUGACACAAAAUCUGUUGGUUCAAAAUCCAUAGGCUCACGUACAUCAAAAUUAACUUAUAGUGAAUACCCACAAGUACGACCAACGAAUCCACUUUAUUCAAGUACAUUUACUCUUCGAACUCUUUCAUCAGCUAUUUCGAAUGUCUCAAGUGCAGCAACUGUUGUUGAACGUCGAAAAAAAUUCGAUCCACAUAUACCAAAACGUCCUUAUGAUUGGCGUUGGUUUGCUGUUCUUUGUAUUUUUCUUUUUCCAUUAACAGGUUUAAUUGCAUUUGGUCUUGCUUAUAAAGCACAAAUAAAAUUUAAAGAUGGUUUUAUUGAUGAAUCUCGUAAACUAGAUAAACAUGCUUUUACUCUGUGUAUAAUUAGUGUUAUUUGUGGUAUUAGUCUUCUUUUAGGCUUCUUAUAUGGACUAGAUUCAUGGCCACGUACAAAUGGUUAA